AUGGCGAACUUCUUUCAUAAUAGAAACAUCCUCCACGACCGCCCAGAGCCACUCCACAUCCUCAAGAAGACCAAAUCCUUCAGGCCGGAAAGGAGCCAUAAUCCCGACCCCCGCCGCAGCAGCACGGGUACCUGCGAGAGCUUCGAGAGGCCUGGAGCUGACAAGCCGUUGACGAUACCCAAGAAGCGCGCUAGGGAUGUCUACCCUACCAUUGGCGGCUCCGGAUAUCGAUCUGCAGACCUUUGGGGGCCUGCCUGUAGUCAAGACAUCUCGGCCCUCAGCUUGAACGAAGUCUUGAGCCGGGCCGACGAGAACAGGAAGCCUUCUGAUCUGCACCCAGCAACAUCACCGGGCAAGGGCAUGGCGAUCCCAACGAUGGCUCCUUCGAGCAGGCAUCAGAGCCGCAUGCGCACGCCGUUGUCACCAAUCCGGUACUGCCCGCAGGAGGAUGUGCCCUUUGACGGACCGCCCACUCCGACGCCCCAGCGUCCUUCGUCUCGUCGGCCCGCGGGUGCAGCAGUACUCGUUCCUUGCGUCACGGUCACACCGGAAAGCAGAGCCGUAGACGACGACACGGUUAGCUUGUGGUCGGCGGUAGAGAUCUCGACGCAGCUGAGCGUAUGUUCUGGUGCAGAUGGCGCCGGAAAGUUGAUGAGUGCUGGUGCCGGGGCCCAGUUCGUUCCUCGACCGGUCCGUGAGGACGAAAUAGUACCAGGCUCCUCGAGAUUCGGCUACCUUCACGAUCUGACCAUCGAUAUCGUUCCGACGGGGCAUAGCCUCAUAUCGAACGUGCUGGGUAAUUGCACUGGGGAAAUGGUGCUAGUGCCAGGCAGCACUGUGCUUCUUCUUGUAGAGGCACAAUUGAAACCCCGAAACCCAAGAGAGCACAAAGGGCACGUACGGCAGACUUCAGACGAACUGAUUGAAGAUUUAGAACAGCAUCUUGGCAGCACAAGAGUCGAGUACCUCCAAGUCCGCUUCAAAUACUCCCAUUCGGCAUUCCCCAGACAGCAGAACGCGGAUGCGCAAGCGGCGGCCGACUCUUCAGUGCAGACCAGGCAUGAAACCAUAGUCACGGCGGCCAUCAAGAGGCAUAAUGCCUGCUCGCUUUGGUCACCGAGACCGGCGCCAGUGGCCAACGUGCUCACUAAGAUUGUGGCAAGGCAUUGGGGCAUGGAUGCCGCAGCAAAUCUCCUGCAGCGCAUGCGAGCGUCAUCGCGUCACGGUGGUCGUAAGCCAGCUAGUCUCCAAGCUGAACAGGCGGCAUCGGUCAAGAAACGCGAGGUCCCACCGCGAGUAGACGCCCUGGUAUCGCCUGCCGGAAGCCAACGAAGCCAGAGGAAAGCACCUGCGGCAGCUUCCAGGGUAGACUCAGCUGGAGCCAUUUGGAAGGAGAUACGCCGCCUGUCUGGACAUCGUUCGAUGAGCAACCUGCGGCGACCAUCGGCCAGCCGGCAACGGGCCAAGGAAUCUUCAGCUCCAGGGUACAUGGCCAACUCGACAACCCCAAGGCGUCCAACAGAUCGGUAUGCAGCAGUGAUCCGCGGCCAAAGAUCGAUAGGGGGCGACGGGCUCCGGAACAUGGCAAGCAUGUCGUCCGAUUUGACCCUUGACGAGGAGCAGCGGCGGUCUCAAAAGAGUAGUAGCUUUCAUCGUGGUGACACCAAGAGAGAACCAGCUCGUUGGGCGUGGGGUGCUUGGUGGCGAUAA